AUGUUCAGGAUAUUAGCACAAAACUCAGUCAAACAGGGCCAGAGAGCUUCUUCGAAGGCGCUCCAGCAUAACCAUACCACCCAACCUGCGAGAUUAUUCAACACUUCUACCUCAGCUAAUGCUCUGCAAGAAGCUGCUCCAGAAUACUACAAAAAACCAUACCAUGGUGGAAAUCCCGGAUUCAAUAAGCCCCAAAGAAAAUAUGACUCUCGGCGCCGUGUGAAUCGCUUCCAGAACAACUAUAUUCCAGCCAUUCCUGAAGACUCGCCAUUCAAGGCUGAGCUGCAAGCCUUCGAAGAGUGUAUUGCUCAUAAUGCGUCUUACGAUUUGGCUUCUGGUGCACUUGUUGGCGGAUCUUCGGAAUUCUGGAAUGCCGUUUACGCUGUCAUGCCACUCUACAAAAGUCUUGUGGCCAAAGGCGGCUUAGACAAAUAUCGCUCCGCGCAGCUAGUCGCGCUUCUAAGAAACGGGCUUCGGGUUUAUCGAAUGGAGGUUUCUCAUUUCGACAAGAAUUUUGAUUUUGACUCUGACACCCCGAUCAGGAACAUUCAUGACUUUUUGAUGAGCUCAAUCAGAGAGGUUACCAAUGACUUGUUGGAUGGAAAGUUCAUGCUGACAUCAUCCGGACUAUGUCAUUUGUUCAAGGCCUACAAAGAUCUGGGACUUAUCGAAGAGGCUUCUUAUGUGUGGAAAACUGGAAAGUCAACGCCUCAUUUGUCGGGUCUGUUUGCAGCCGAAACCGUCCUGGGUGCUGUGUUCCCAUUCUUGAUCGAGAGUGGUGACUUUGAUUUCGAUGAGUUGUUGCAGAUGUACAACGAAAUCAGAAACAGCAAGAAGGAAGACCAACACAUUCACAAUGAGCUUCAAGUGGGAAUGAUCCGUGCUUGUCUCGUCAAAGGCUACAAUGACUCUGCGGUUGCCAUUCUAAGAGAGUUGUCUACCUCCAUUUACAACGAUGCUCAACUCCGUGGUCAGACCCCACCCACCAGUUCAAUCAGUUACAUUACUGUUGGACAUCUGUCUUUUAUCGGAUUCUGCAAGAAUUUGUCAACUGCAGAUAUGUUUUUCGAAAGUGCCAUCAAAAACGAAAUGCCAUACCCAACACCUUUGCAGCUGAACUUCGUGAGGAAGUACCUUUCCAAUGUGUGGGAGGUCUCCAAGGACUAUGCCAGGGUCAGAGCUAUCUGGCUGAGAACUUGGCAGAAUUAUGAAGAGAAGAAUGUCUCGAACUCAUCAAUCUCAUCGUCGUUGAAUGCCGCGUUUCUGUCAAUUUUCUUCGAGAAGUACAGCGCUUUCUCGCCUGAGGCCUUUGCGGAACUUAAAAAGCUGAUCGUUGAUUACAACUCGGUGAGGCCUGUUGACGAACCUUUUUUGAACAUCCUAAUGUCCAAGUCAGGCCAAUGGGGUAGCCUUGAUGUGUUGAACGUUAUCGAAGAGGCUUUUGAGCACUUCAACGUUCGCAAAACAAACGUCUCCAUGAGAUGCUACUUGAAGAACUGUGGUCACGUUGACGUUCCAAACGUGAUGAUUCUGCGCUGCUGGCGUGAGCUCAUCGCUUGGAAUGAAACCCACAAAUACUCUUUCAUUGCGCAUGCCGAUUGGACUGCUCUGAGAGAUGCAACUGUCAACUCGCCUCUCGUUUCCAAGAAGGUCAACGGAAGCCAAAGAGCAGACCUUUACUUCAAACUUUGGAAGCUAUACUCACCUUAUUUCAACAGGCUGGAGAACUUCAAAACCUACGUGGACAAAGAUGUUUCGCUUAAUCCCAACUACAUGCGCAUCUUCCAAAACAUGAAGGAUGUUGAUACCUCAGACAUUCCAGCCCCAAUGCUCUACUCCAUCAAGAGGAAUCCGGCCAUAGAGAGAUAUAUCGGAUACACCUAUUGA